UAUUAAAAUAGACUUUCCUUUAUUAUAAAUGUAAUUUUUAAAAAUUGUAAUUAUCAAUUUAAAUGAAUUUUUUAAACUUUCGCUUACGAUAAUGCAAUUCUUGAAUCUUCGAGUUUUAACAACCUUAUCUGCUCAUUCUUUAUCCAGAACAUCAAUCUGCAGUUGACAUCCACUAUCCCCAAUAGAAUUACUUCAACUCAUAGGCGGAGGAGCCUGAUUUUGCGAUGGAUCGAAAUUACCAGUGUUGAAAUUGUUUAAAUCUUUUAGAAGUGUAUUCCUGUCAAUCUGUGUUUCAUACGGCUCGGUAGCAGUGUUUUUUUUAAAAAACGAAGAAACCGUGGGUGUUAUUGAUGUAUACACUCUGAGUGCUCUGAGAGAGCGAAAAGGUGCUCAACUCGAUUUUUGUGAUUUUUGAGAAUUGCAUUUGUGGGAAUCCCACUUAAGAUUUCCAUUCAACAGCAAUCCCUUCUACUUUCAGUUUUCACGCUUUAUAUCAUUCUGACCACGCUGCCUGACACGCAAAGUCUUUACAUUUUAAUUGAUUUUAAUUUUCAACUAUGUCAGAGAAGAGAACACAAAUUAUUAUAAACGGGUUACUUAUUUCAGAAAAUAAUCAAUUAAUUAAAAAAGACGGAAAAAUCUUGUGCGACAUAACAAAUCUGAAAAAUAGUCAACUUCGUGUUUGUUAUGGAGACUAUAAAAGUGGCUCUCGUUUUGUUCCACAACGGUUGUCAGAAAGUGGUGCCAGUGGAAUGGAUUGAAAAUUUUUUUCCAAAAAAUGAAUCCGACUUCAAACUAAAUCAAAAAUAUAAAAUAUGGUUCAAUGGAAAAAAGGAAAACGAUACUCUUUUGAAUGGAAACAUCCUUCUUUUAGGCCUGAGCAAAUCGGAUAUAAUUAAGAAAAAGAGUAAAAGAAGAUUGAAAUAUCCGAACAGGCGUAAUAUGAGUUUCGGUAGUUCUGAUAUAAGCAGGGCGAAAUCUUGUACAAGGUCAAUAAAUCAAAACAAAAGAAAAAAGAAGCCUGCGGCUGAAAAAGAGAGAGAAAAGUUGACAAGUUCAGCAAACAAUAAAGAGAAUAAGCGAAUUUUAAAAAAUUAUUCGAUUUUAGUGAAGAAUCGAAAUAGAAUUGAGAGUUCUUCAUCAGAUGACGAAGGAGGAGAAGAAAGUGUAAAAAGUGGUAAGCAUUUUUAUAAUUUUACUUACAAAUUUUUUCUUUUUGUCAGAAUGCAAUGGAUGACCGCUUUUUUUUACCGGCCAUAAAAAAUUUCCAAAGAAAAUUAUUUUAUAACAUUAUAGUAAAAAUUCAUACCUUACUUAUUUAUAAAACAAAAUUUUUUUCAAUGUAAUAAUGACUCUUUCUUAAAUGGAACAUAUUCAAUAGACAGGGUUGCCACAAUAUUUCCAUUUUGAAAUUCCCAGACUUUUCCCGGUUUUUCAGGUAAAAAAGUAACUUUUUCCCUCACUUCAGAAAUUUUAAAUUGCAGUUGAAAUAAUAAAGGCGUUGAAAAUUUCAAGCUCUUCAAAUAUAAUAAACAAGAAAGAAUUUCCAAAUUUUUUCGGUCUAAUUCGAAAGUGAAUCGAGUCGAGUUGUGGCAGCUCGUAAUUCGAAGCUUCGGAUUUCGAAUUGGUUUUUUCGAUUCGAAUUUCGCCUUGUCUAUUCGAAUAAUAUUCGGUUUGAAUUAAUUACGCACACCUCUAACUUCUAUGCAAAUUAUUUUUAUGUGUGAUUGCAGUUGAA